AUGGCGGAUCUUUCCAGGCACCUCUCACCCCUGCGUUCUGCGCAGCUCCGGCGUAUCAAGAGCUUCUUCAAGCUUCAAGUUGCCAAGACAUGGACAGACAAGAAGACCGGGAAGAAGAAAUGCGCUGGGGGGAAAGACUUGAAGCACACCCAGGUUUACCCUGGCCGGUUAGGCCUGUUGGUAGGUGAGCUACUGGCAAAACAGUCGGAGCAAAACAAAGAGGCUCGGAUCCCUAGUGAUCAAGGCCUUGAAUUUGAUGAUUCUGAGAAUGACUCAGAUGACAGUGCUCUAGCUGACCUUGUUGGACACGACCUUUAG